CCGGCCCUGGCCCGCGCCGGCCGCGGGAUGGCGCUGGCCGGGGCUGAGCCAUGCGACAGCUCAGCGCCGCAGCGCUGGAGGAGGCGGCAGAGGGCGCACCAGGCGGCGGCAGACGGCGAGACAGCCGAGGCCGCCGAGGAGGCCGGCCCAGCCGCAGGCGAGCCCGCCGAGGCCCCCGCCGGCGCGGAGCGGCCGCCGAAAGCGGGCGAGCUGGCCAGGCACAAGCCACAAGAGCCGUGUACGAUCUGUUUGGAGGGCUUCGAUGGCAAGGAGGCCGACUGCAUGCCGCGGACGUGCCGCAAGUGCGGCAACAGUUUCCACCAGGCGUGCCUGUCCGAGUGGAGCCGGAAGGACCAGCAGAUCAAGUGGGAGCAGAAACCUUGGAUGCUCCCGUCGCAGUUCGAGUCUGGGAGCUGCCCGUGCUGCAGAUCCAACAAAGGCCACGACAAGUCCAGAAGGUGGAAGAAGUGA